AGCUAUGAUUGGUGAUCGGCACGAAUGGAAACCCCGAUGCGAUGCCUAAACUUAGGAUUUUGAAAAUCAUUUUCGUGCUAAUCAUGGCAUUAACCAUAUUCUCUAUAUACAACUGGACGUCGACUAAAGUAGCGGUUAGAGACCUAUUGUAUCUGACCAGACCGAUAUGGGAUGGGAGCCAAGCGGUGCCUUUCAAUAUAUUACCACAUUAUUACACGAAUGGUCUGAAUUCAAGCCAUUUGUGUCAUCUGCACAGUUGGCAGAGGAGGGCACAAGAGGUUCAAGUGAUCGAUGCAAUCAUAUUCUCAAUAGAGUUGGACUUAUUGGAGAUCCGACUCAAGGAGUUGUGGCCUUUUGUCGACCACUUCAUUGUCUUAGAGGCCGACAGAACUUUCACCGGAAGACAAAAACCACUUUAUCUGAAGCAGAGUUUGGAUCGGUUCUCGUGGGCUAAAGACAAACUCAGAUACCAUUCUUAUGAUGGAUUGUCAGCACUGAAGCCCGGAGAGGAUCCCUUCAAAAAUGAGGCACAAAUGAGGGGAUAUUUGAGUCGAAUUGUAUCUAAAUAUGCCCGAAAUGGUGAUGUGAUUGUCUGCUCAGACGUGGAUGAGAUCCCAUCCCAACAGACGAUUCAACUGUUGAAAGAUUGCAUCGGAUUUCCAAAUCACAUGCAUUUACAGCUAAAUAUGUAUUUGUAUUCAUUUGAGUACUUCUACAGCACUGAUGACAGUUGGAGGGCUCACAUAGACAUCUAUGACCACGAGUUUGAUUACAGACACGGAAGACUGUCCGACAAUUUGUUAGCCGAUUCGGGCUGGCACUGCUCCUUUUGUUUCCGACAUAUCUCUGACUUUGUAUUUAAAAUGACUUCGUAUUCACAUAAUGAUAGAGUUGUUGAUAAGAAACUGUUGGAUAAGAAUGAGAUCCAGAAGAAGAUAUGCAAUGGAGAAGACAUCUAUGAUAUGUAUCCAGAAGUAUACAGUUUUAAGGAAAUGGUGUUGAAAUUCGGUGCCAUUCCUAAGUCCAAAACUAUGACUAAUUUGCCAAAACAUUUGGUCCAAAAUCCGGAAAAGUUUACAUUUUUGUUACCCAAUGGUUGUAUUCGCGAAGACUUUAAUCAAUCGACAACUUUAUAG